AUGAGUGGAAAAGUUACGCUGUUUAUCUCCGGUAUUUCAGGGAGCAAGGAGGUAUUUUUUGCUAAGUUUAAUGAUUUCUUACAAAUUGCUCUUGGUGUCGACUUGAAUAAUGUGUUAAUUUUUGAACAGUCGAGUGUAACCCGGGGUGUAAGUGAUCUUCCAUAGGAGUCGUGAGAUAUUGGACCGCAAUAAAGUUUAUAGCGGUAUUUCACCGGCUUCUUAUACUGUAUCACUUAUGAUUGAGCUUUUAAAUCUAUCUAAUAACAGUUAGCUUACAGAUUUUACUUCGCGAAAGGCACUCAUUUAGGUCUUUCAAUCGAAGUUUGUGAUCCUAACUUUACAUUUCAGUCACAGUUACCCUUGUGCUCUCUUCGGAGAUCAAUGAAUUAAUCUGAAAUUAUAUCAUUUGAACCGAUCUUAUGACAUGAUAGCUUAUCUUGUAUCUCUGGCACAGCGCUAGGGUCCAGAAAAGUAUUUCCAAAGAUUAAAGGUUAUCAUUUUAUUUUUGAACAUAUAAAGUUGACUCAUUUCUCGCCAGAGCAUAGUUUCUUUAAAAUGCUAAAGCUGUUUUGAAUCUAAAACUUGACUUGUCAAAGAAAUUGAGAAAACAAAGAAGUUCGCUUUUCCAGUCAGUUUCCCAAAAUAAGAAGGUUCUCUUUCUCUGCAAUUUAUGCUUCAAUCAGAUUUGAAAAAACUAACUGGAAGAAAAUUGAAAAGUCCAUGCCUUAGUCUUUUGAAUGGCCAUUUAUAUUCUAAUAAAUGGAAUAAUUACUGACGACAUAUUUAUUUCAGAAUGAAAUAUUUUCCACAAUUUCAUUGCAUGGAAAACAAGUCCAGAGCAGGAUUUGGGGGUACAGGGUCCUCAAUAGCUGGUAGAUAAUUUAAUUUUAACCUUUUCNCUGCAAUUUAUGCUUCAAUCAGAUUUGAAAAAACUAACUGGAAGAAAAUUGAAAAGUCCAUGCCUUAGUCUUUUGAAUGGCCAUUUAUAUUCUAAUAAAUGGAAUAAUUACUGACGACAUAUUUAUUUCAGAAUGAAAUAUUUUCCACAAUUUCAUUGCAUGGAAAACAAGUCCAGAGCAGGAUUUGGGGGUACAGGGUCCUCAAUAGCUGGUAGAUAAUUUAAUUUUAACCUUUUCUGACUGAACUGCUGAACACCUCCCUUCACCUACAGCAACACUAGCCUCCCAUGCAAGCGUUUUUAGGGGAGCUCGUAUUUCGUUCCUCCCCACAAACCCGUGCUCAACUGAGAACAAAAUUCCUUUCCCAUUGUUUUAUUUGCGUGGUGUGACCAAUCAACAGUUUUGAAAUAAAGUGUUGACAGGCUAAACAAGACUCAUAAGCUUGUGGUAUAUAUAUAGUGUAAAUAAAUAUACCUUUUUCCUAAUUGUUUUUUUUCCUUUGCUAAGGUUAUGCAGAGCAUGGAGUAUUCUAAAAUCUGACUAAAUCUUACUUUUGCCGCCCCGAGUCUAACAUUUAUUAGAGGUCAUAAAGCUUUCUCAGUGAUGUUUUCAUGCAGAUCGAGUAUUUAUCAGGUUACCCUGUAGUCAAGGUAAACCAUCCAGAAUUUGGAAGGUACAAUGUGAUUGGCUUGGUUAAGCUUGGGAAAGGAAUGUUGUUCUCGGUCGAGCAGGCAUUUGUGGGGAGGGACAAAAUACAAGCGCCCCUACAAAUGCCUGCAGUAACACAUGCUUGUAUCAUAGCCUAUCCUACAAGCCAGUAUCCCAAGGGAUACAACUGUCAUUUGUUGCUUUUCUUUGCCAGAUUAAAAAAAGACAGCAACACAUUAGCAGCAUGUUGCAGGCACAGAACAUACCUUUUGAGACAGUUGAUGUAGCAUCUGAUCCAGCUGCACUGGACAGGAUGAGGGAACUGGUCACAAAAGGAAAGCCAAAAACAAAGGAUCCUGAUGAUGAAGAGGAGGAUGAGGAGGAGGAGGAAGAAGUCAUCCUUGCUCCUCAGAUUGUAAAUGGCGAUGAGUACUGUGGGGUAAGGAAUUUACAUCAUUUGAGCCGCAUAGAAUGCCAAUUUGACAUCACUGGGGAGAUCAACACAUUAUGGAUUUCCCCACUCCCACAUGGGGUUGGGUUAUCCCUUGAGUAUUUUCCCAAUGCUGGUUGGUCUGAUGAAUCCCAGCCCCCCGAAAUCUUUUUUUUUGGUACACAAAAUUAACCCCUAAAAGGUAGUUUGUGAAGUGUUUUGUUUUUUGUGCUAUAUUGAUCUUAAAAUGGGUGGACAUUUCACCCAUUGUGGUUUGAUUAAUCAGGUAUGGUUUUCAAUUCAAUGUUAAAAUGUUUAAAUUUAGUGUCUGUUUAGCUCCAACAUUUCAUGUAAAAUACUAUCUUUACUGAUAAGCAUAUUUUUUUUUAAUUAUUAAAAAAAUAUGCUUAUCAAUUAAGAAUAUGCUGACUUUUCUUGGACAAGGUAAUGGGUUAAUAAACCAUGUAUAACUUUCAAAAACCAGUCUGAAAAUUGAUAUGGGUUUUGGUCUAAAAUGGGGUCAGAAUUCGUAGAACCGGGCAGCACCUUAAAUUAUAGUUUAUCUAAUAAUAAUAUUAUUAUUGGAUAUUAUAUUAAUGAAAUAUUUCAGUUAAUUGAAAAUUUUUGUGAGUUCUUGUAAGAAAAGUGCUUAUUAGAUAUAUAUAUUUUUUACCUAGGGUUAUGAAGACUUUGAAAAUGCUAUUGAAAUGGAGAAUUUGAAAGAGUUUUUAAAGCUGAAGUAA